AUGACCAAUGGUGAGAAAUCAGUUUUCUAUGGUGUUUUAAAGACAGCAAAGCUACCUGAUGGUAGUGCUUCCAACAUAUCCAGGUGUGUGCAGCUAGAUGAAAGAAAAUUAUCCGGUUAUAAAACCCAUGAUGCCCACAUCAUGUUACAUUACUUGUUGCCAAUACCAGUUAAAAGCAUACUUCCUGAUCAUGUUGCUAUCCCUUUGAUUCGUCUAAGUUCUUUCUUUCACCGUUUAUGUCAAAAAGUUAUCACAAUGGAAGAGCUAGAUUGCUUGGAAGUAGAGAUUAGAGAAACAACGAAUCAAUUGGAAAGAAUUUUUCCUCCAACUUUUUUUGAUAUAAUGAUUCAUUUGCCUAUUCAUUUGGCAAAUGAGGUAAGGUUGGGAGGUCCAGUUCAAAAUCGAUGGAUGUAUCCUCCUGAAAGGUAUAUGUGUACAUUAAAAUCAUAUGUUCGCAACAGAAAUUAUCCAGAAGGAUCUAUUGCUGAGGCAUAUUUGGUUGAAGAGUGUUUGACUUUAUGCUCUAGGUACUUACAUGGAGGUGUAAAGACUCGAUUUGAUCGACGACCCCGAAACAAUGAGGAAUAUGAUUCAAUUAAUGCACAAUCUUCUAGUUUGUUCCCUAAUACAGGUUGUCCUUUAGGAGCGAAAAAGAGUGAUCCAAUUGUUUUAGAUGACAUGUCACUAAAUCAGGAACAUAUAUACUUAUUGAAAAAUUGUGAUGAAGUUCAAGAAUAUAUAAGAGAAUAUGAGGUUGAGGUUAGUAAUCAGAGACGAGGAUCUAAAUGGAGCAAGGCCAAGAAGCACAGUCAAAACUUCUCUCAAUGGUUUGAAACUCGUUCUUUGAAAGAGGAUGUGCCCGAUCUUAUAAAGCAAUUAUCCUUCGGACCAAAUUCAAUUGCUAAAAGAUAUUCUGGGUAUCUCAUUAAUGGAUAUAGAUUCCAUGCGAGGCAGCGUGAUGCAAGACGUAAAACACAAAAUAGUGGCGUUACAUUAGUCGCUCAAACUACAAGUUUUGCAAGCUCAAAAGAUAAAAAUCCUGUUGACGCAAAUUUGACUUAUUAUGGUAGAAUAGUUGAUAUAGUUGAGUUAGACUAUUAUGGCCAUUUUAGGGUUGUCUUAUUUAAGUGCGACUGGUAUGAGGUUGAAGAAGAUAUUUAUGGCCUUACUUAUGUCUACUUCAACAAGAAAUGUUAUCAGAAUGAGCCUUUUGUUCUAGCAUCUCAAGUACACCAAUGCUUCUAUGUGCAAGAUCCAUUUGAUCAAGAUAGAUAUUAUGUCAUGAAGACUGUCCCGAGAGACUUGUUUAGCAUAAGUGAUGAACUUGAAGCUAAUGCCCCACAAUGUUAUGAAAAUGAGCCAUCUGAAUAUUUGGCUGGCCCAUCGAUACUGGAGGAUAAUGGUGAAGUUGCCUUAGUAAGGAGUGAUGUUCCAGCAACCAUUCUUGAUGUACCUCCAGAAGGAUUUCUAGCACAACAACUUGAAAUUGAAUCGGAUGAAGAGUUUGAUUUUGAAGACACAUCAUGA